CCACCUCCGGGGGGCGGAGCGGGGCAGAGCGGGGCUGCGGGCGGCGAUGUGCGGGCGCACGGCCUGCUCCCUCGGGGCCGCGCGGCUCCGCCGGGCCUGCGCCUAUAGAGACCGGAGGGGUCGGAGACAACAGCCCGAGUGGCUGCGGGAGGAGCGUUACCGGCCCUCGUACAACAAGGGCCCGCAGUCCUGCGGCCCGGUGCUGCUGUCCAGAAAGCACGUCCAGCAGGAUGCUGACUCCUCAGAGCGGGUGCUCAUGGAGAUGCGCUGGGGCCUGGUGCCCUCCUGGUUCAAAGAGGACGACCCCUCCAAAAUGCAGUUUAAAACCUCAAACUGCCGCAGUGACACCAUGUUGAGCAAGUCCUCCUACAAGGGCCCUCUCCUCAAGGGCAAGCGCUGCGUGGUGCUGGCAGACGGCUUCUAUGAGUGGCAGCAGCGCGGCAGGGGCAAGCAGCCCUACUUCAUCUACUUCCCUCAGAGCAAGAAACACCCGGCUGAGGAGGAAGAGGAGGACAGUGGUGAGGAAUGGCGGGGCUGGCGCCUGCUCACCAUGGCUGGGAUUUUUGACUGCUGGGAGCCACCAGCAGGAGGAGAACCGCUGUACACUUACACCAUCAUCACCGUGGAUGCCUCCAAGGAUGUGAGCUUCAUCCACCACAGGAUGCCGGCCAUCCUGGAUGGGGAUGAGGCCAUCGAGAAGUGGUUGGACUUUGCUGAGGUGCCCACGCAGGAGGCAAUGAAGCUCAUCCAGCCCGCAGAGAACAUUGCAUUCCACCCCGUGUCCACCUUCGUCAACAGCGUCCGCAACGAUUCACCCGAGUGCCUGGUGCCCAUCGAGCUGGGAGCCCCCAAGGAGGUCAAAGCUACUGCAAGCAGCAAAGCGAUGCUGGGCUGGCUGAAGAGCUCCCAGGAGGGCUCUCCCCAGAAGAAAGAAAAUGCUUUGCCCAAGUGGAAGAGCCAGUUCAUCCACAGCCCUUCGCCCAAGAAGAGCAGUGCGGGCAUCCUGCGCCAGUGGCUGGGGCAGGAGGGAGGACCGGCUGCCAAGAAGCAGAAGUUGUAGGGCAGCCAGACCCUGCUUGUCUGCAAAGCACAAUGCAGAAACCCAUUGGAAGGCUUUGCAGACACUGAUGGGAUUCUCCCAACCUCUCAGGUGUUGUUCUGAUGUUCUGGGUUGUCGUCUCUGUUGGUCUGUUGUUACAGGUUACUGUUUGUCUCAUUUCCUUUUUUCUUUCUUUCCUUUCGUUAUUAAACUCUUACCUCUUUUCCACUUAA